AAGUGGAGGUUGUGCGAUUGGCCCGGAGUGGCGUUACCGGCUCCGGGCCCGAAAUUCUUGAGAAAGAAAAGACCGAAAAUAAAUAGGAAAGAGCAAUGAAAGACCAUAUCAGAAGCAGCGCGCAGUCGCCAUGAGAUGAGAAGAAGUUGGAACGAGGUAAGUGAGGCGGUUAAUCAGGCACUAUUCUUAUGUCUAAAAACGGUGCAAAACUGCCCCAGAAGACAGGGGUCUCGGGCAUCUGCCGAGCGACGCAUGCAGGCACUCCCGCGAUGCCAAGGCCUAGGGCUCUUGGAUCUACAGAGCCUCAAUAGGGACUUGGCGGUGGUUUCUCACCAAAGACUGUUGAGCGUCCAUUUUCUAUCUUUUUGCUCGAAGAGUCUUUGGGAGCGGGCAACGAACGGCGUACCUACCUAGCUGCCCAAGCUAAAAUCAUCCAGACCCCGCCUGAGUCUCUCGUAUUUGAAG